AUGCCCAGCAACGCUCGCAUUCCGUCUACAACCACCAAGCUCAAAAAUAUGCUCACUCCACGCCCUCCACGCGUCUGCAUCCUGCCUCUCCAAUCCGUAUGGCAACCCGCCGGGUUCCCCACCCCUGCCAAUGUGAGAGCCCGCCUCAAUAGCUCGCUGGGCAAGGAGUGGAAGGGUUGUUCGCCCGAUGAGCACGCCGUAAGGCGGACGGAAAAGAACCGGGAUACAACCGACCCGGAGGCAGAGGCUUCUGCUUCGGGCAUGAAGGAGAGAGCGGAAGACUAUGGCAUUGCAGAUGAUUCCAAGCAGCAGGGGGCAACGGAAAGGGAAGGGCGGAAGUUUCAGCGCCAGGCUAAGGAGGAUCAUCCAAAGGCGCCGGAGCCAGUAAUCGGAAUGAAUGAUGAGAGAGCCCGGGUAAGUGGUGCCAUGAAAUUGGAGGCAAUACCAGCCAGCAGCUGGUUGCACUGUGUAAGAGUUCACUCGGCUAACCUGAGAGUGGUAUAUAGAAGGGCCCUUGAACUCGGAUCUGCUGAGGUUAUCUUUGCCCGACUUGAUAUGCGCCAGAAAUCCAUGAAACCAAUUGAAUGGUGA